UACGAAAUUAUUGGCGGAGUGAACCAGAAUAUUCAAGUUACCACAUUCAAAUGUAUCUACACCCUUUGAUUCGCUUUUUUUUAGACGAUCGGAUGAUCUGAAGAACCAUGCAAGUCUUGAAGGAUAAGCUUCACCAUAUAGGCCAUCAUCAUAGCCCAAAGUUAAGUCACGGCGACAAGCGAAAUGGGUCCAAACAAAAGAACAAGGAGGAAAAACGUAAAGGUGAUAAAGAGGAUGGAGGAGAAGUACAGUGGUGCUUUUCACAGGUGAAAGGGACAUUAGACGAGGAUCUUACCGAAGCUGAUAUAGUCUCCACUGUUGAAUUUAACCACGAUGGUGAGCUUCUUGCAACUGGUGAUAAGGGAGGCAGGAUAGUUAUCUUUCAGAAAGAAGAAGCGCCGAAGGGAUCACAGCAUUAUGGUGAAUAUAACGUGUACAGUACUUUCCAAAGUCACGAACCAGAGUUUGAUUAUCUUAAAAGUUUGGAGAUCGAAGAGAAGAUAAACAAGAUCAAGUGGUUAAAGCGGCGUAACGCAUCGCACUUUUUGCUUUCGACUAAUGAUAAAACUGUUAAGUUGUGGAAAAUUUCUGAACGGUGCUUUGCUGCAAGUAACUUCAACCUGCGAGAUGACCAGGGGGUACCAAGAAAUCCUGAGGAUGUAACAUCACUUAGAGUACCUAUUUUUAAGCCCUCUGAGCUGGUAGUGGAAGCAAGUCCUAGAAGAGUAUAUGCCAAUGCACACACAUACCACAUCAAUUCAAUAUCACUGAACAGCGAUGAUGAGACAUACCUAUCAGCAGAUGAUUUGAGGAUAAAUUUGUGGCAUCUGGGGAUAAAUGAUCAGAGUUAUAAUAUUGUUGAUAUCAAACCAGCAAACAUGGAGGAACUCACCGAAGUUAUUACUGCAGCAGAGUUUCAUCCAAUAGAGUGCAGCACAUUUGCAUACAGUAGCAGUAAAGGAACUGUCAGGCUAUGUGACAUGAGGCAAUCAGCACUGUGUGACAGGCAUACCAAAAUGUUUGAGGAACCAGAGGAUCCUGGGGCAAGAUCAUUUUUCUCAGAGAUCAUUUCAUCAAUAUCAGAUGUAAGAUUCAGCCACAGUGGCCGGUACAUGUUGACACGUGACUACUUGACUGUCAAAGUAUGGGAUCUAAACAUGGAAAGCAAACCAGUGGAGGUCUACAACGUUCAUGAUUACCUUAGAAGCAAGUUAUGCUCACUGUAUGAAAAUGAUUGCAUCUUUGACAAGUUUGAAUGUGUUUGGAAUGGAAAUGAUGGGUCUAUAAUGACGGGUUCUUACAACAACUUCUUUCACAUCUUUGACAGAAAUGACAAACAGGAUGUUUGUUUAGAGGCAUCACGGGAGUUUAGUAAGCCACGGCAGAUUUUAAAGCCUCGUCGUGUAGCGGUAACAGGAAAGCGAAAGAAAGAUGAUAUCACAGUAGAAUGCUUGGACUUUAGUCAUAAGAUUCUUCACACUGCUUGGCACCCACAAGAGAACAUUAUAGCAGUAGCAGCAACAAAUAAUUUGUACUUAUUCCAGGAAGCCAGAACAUAACUCUUGUAACUGUUUAUAGGAUGCUUUUUUUUUGUAAUGAUAACAGACAAUUUUGAAUUUAGGUGUAUCUAAAUUGAUGGUAUAUUGUAUAAUGGUUUACUCAGCAAUUGUUAGAUAAUUGUCAUCAAAAUUUUGAGAAAACCAUGUAUCCCAUGGAGUUAUGAAAAAAUAAUUUUGUCGGCAUUUUGUUUAAAUUUUGCAUAGAUUUGAGUUGCCAUUAGUUCUUUCAGCCUGGACUGUUUCCUACAUGUAUAGCCAAACUGAUAUUUUUUUUCUUUUCUUUUUUGUCCCUUCACAUUCAUUAAAACUGCUCUACCUCUAUUGGGAAUGGGGAUGGCUCCCAAAUCUUCAUUUGAAAAAUGAUUUUCACAUGUCAUGUAAAUAUUUAAAGCAUUAUUUGUUAGGAAGCUUGUUGGGGGAAGCUUGUGGGAGCGAGUUUCUAUUGUGUAACUUAAUUAAUUUUAAGAACCAGUCUUUUAACUCUUGCUCUACGUUCUGUCCAAUUAUUAAUUUCUUAUUUAAGUGGAAUCUUUCCGUGUGUUCUUUUGGGUCUCUCCUAUUUCUCUGGUUAAAGCAGACUGCCUUAAAAUUCCAACAUAGUGCAUCAUUUGACUUCUCCUUUCUUGACCUUCGACGUAGUGGUGUAGUGAUAUCAAUACCCUGAAAUGGUAUACGAUAAGUUUGUAAGUGCCAACACCUUGAUACUUAAUUUCUUUAUCAUUUACUGUGAACAUUUUCAGAGCCUGACAAGUGUUACUGUUUCUCCUCAACAAGAUCGAUGAUGUUUUAGCGUUAAUAUCUGGACUAUUUAAAUGGAGAAUGAAUAUAUUGAUUUGUAACUGCUUAUAAUAAAAACAGAUUUUGUUUUUAUAA